AUGGCAGUCGACAAGUCACAACUUCCAGAGAGCGAGAGAUCGAAUCCUGUGAAACGGAUAAGAUGGGCAACGCAUCGAAUUCCGGGCGCAAAGGGUGAUCGAAAAAGGCAGUCGCUGCUGGCACGCCUACCAAUCCAUAGCCGUUCCGGGUCCAGCGAAAAGCACAAACGCGAUUCAAUGGGUAAAGACUCUGAAAAUGGGCAAACAAAUGGAGAGCAGUCAACUUCCGAUGAUCAGAGCGAGUCCGAUGGCUCUGUUGAGCAGCGUGCCAUCUUCUUCAACAUACCACUCCCCCCGAACGCUCGAGACGAAGAAGGCCACCCACUCGUCCGAUUCCCCCGAAACAAGAUACGAACAGCAAAAUACACACCUCUCAGUUUUGUACCUAAAAACCUAUGGUUCCAGUUUCACAAUAUCGCGAAUGUCUAUUUCUUAUUUAUUGUUAUAUUAGGGUUCUUUACCAUAUUUGGUGUAGAGAACCCUGGCCUAGCAGCUGUACCUCUUAUUGUUAUCGUCAUCAUCACCGCUAUUAAGGAUGCCGUAGAGGACUGGCGAAGAACAGUCCUCGACAUCGAGCUAAACAACGCCCCCGUUCACCGUCUAAUCGAUUUUAAUAAUGUCAAUUCUGCCGAAGAUCAAAUAUCCAUUUGGAGAAGGAUAAAAAAAGCGAGUAGCCGAGGAGUCACAUUCCUUUGGCGUAGGAUGAAAGCGCUCACGUCGAAGAAAGAGAAAGGGAAGUCCUAUGCAGAACGAGCUGUAGACCAAGGUCGUGCUUCGAUUGAUACUAAACGUGCCUCGAUGUAUUCACCCCGGGCCUCCUUCCAGGCACCGCGAAACGGAAAUAAUGACGACGACGACGGUAUCCAGAUGACUCCCGUGCCAUCGCCUUUGCAAGAAAACCAUCCGUUCCCACCAGCUCAAGACCAAAUAGGUAUCGCUAUCUCCGACCACGGCGGGCUACAUCCGGACACAGCAAAAGCUCAAUCGGAAACGCCGCAUACGCGCGCAAACAACCUCCAGCCUGCAAGGUUUUACGGUAGCCUCAUUGAUCCUCACAAACCCACUCCUGACAAAGCCCGCUUCAAGAAAGAUUACUGGAAGAACGUUCAAGUGGGCGACUUCGUUCGUUUGUAUAACGAGGACGAAAUUCCCGCAGAUAUAGUAGUACUUUCCACUUCUGAUACUGAUGGAGCUUGCUACGUGGAAACGAAAAAUCUGGAUGGGGAGACGAAUCUUAAGGUCCGGCAAGCUCUCCGCUGUGGACGCGAUGUCAAACACGCUCGGCAAUGUGAACAGUGCUCUUUCAUCAUCGAAAGCGAAGGCCCGCAGCCAAAUCUAUACUCGUACAGUGGCGUCAUUCGGUGGGAACAAAAAGAUAUACACGACCCACAAGCGCCGACGGUCGAAAUGGCAGAGCCAGUCACAAUCAACAACCUUCUCCUCCGUGGCUGUACCGUCCGCAACACUGAUUGGAUUGUCGGAGUGGUAGUAUACACAGGCGAAGAAACCAAGAUCAUGCUGAACGCCGGUAUCACUCCAAGCAAGCGUGCCAAAAUCUCGAAAGACCUAAACUGGAACGUCAUCUACAAUUUCAUAAUACUGUUCUUCAUGUGUCUGGUGGCAGGUAUCGUCCAGGGUAUAUUCUGGGCCAAAGAUGACACUUCUCACUCCCUCUUCGAGUUCGGCUCUUACGGAAAUAACAACGCGUCUCUGGACGGAACCAUCACCUUCUGGGCGGCACUCAUUCUCUUUCAGAAUCUGGUUCCUAUAUCACUUUACAUUACUCUGGAAAUCAUUCGUACACUACAGGCGGUGUUCAUCUACAACGACACCCAGAUGUACUAUGAAAAGAUAGACUACCCAUGUACACCAAAGUCAUGGAACAUCUCUGACGACCUUGGUCAAAUCGAGUACAUCUUCUCGGACAAGACAGGCACGCUGACCCAGAACGUCAUGGAGUUCAAAAAGGCUACAAUCAAUGGGGUUCCGUACGGUGAAGCGUACACUGAAGCCCAGGCUGGUCUCCACCGCCGACAAGGCAUUAAUGUAGAAGAGGAGUCUGCCCGCGCCAAGGAACAGAUCGCCAAAGAUCGUGUUAGAAUGAUCGGAGACCUGCGUCGCAUGCAUGAUAAUCCGUACCUGCGAGAUGAGGACCUCACUUUUGUUGCCCCCGACUACGUGGCAGAUUUGGCGGGUGAGGCGGGUGAAGAGCAAAGGCAAGCUAACGAACAGUUCAUGUUGGCUCUCGCUCUAUGUCACACCGUAAUUACCGAGCGAACUCCAGGUGACCCACCAAAGCUCGAAUUCAGAGCGCAGUCGCCUGACGAAGCUGCUCUUGUCGCUACGGCAAGAGAUUGUGGCUUCACUGUACUGGGGCAUACUACCGAUGGUAUCCUUGUUAAUAUCUUGGGUGAAGAGCGCGAGUACACAAUACUAAAUACACUCGAGUUCAACUCUACCCGGAAGAGAAUGAGUUCGAUUUUACGCAUGCCAGAUGGCAGGAUUGUACUUUUCUGCAAAGGCGCAGACAGCAUCAUUUAUUCUCGCUUGAAACGUGGCGAACAGCCUGAACUUCGUAAAGAGACCGCAGAGCAUCUCGAAAUGUUUGCUCGUGAGGGUUUACGUACUCUUUGCAUUGCAAUGCGAGAGCUUGAUGAAGACACGUACCAAGAGUGGAACAAGGAGCACGACCGUGCAGCAUCAGCAGUUGAAAACCGAGAGGAGAAAUUGGAGACGGUCGCUUCUGCUAUCGAGCAGGAGAUGACACUGUUAGGAGGUACCGCUAUUGAGGAUCGACUGCAAGACGGUGUUCCAGAUUCCAUCGCUUUGCUCGGCAAGGCCGGUAUCAAGCUCUGGGUAUUGACUGGAGACAAAGUUGAGACUGCCAUCAACAUCGGAUUCUCUUGCAACCUGUUAGACAACGACAUGGAUUUGAUCACUUUGAACAUUGAAGAUGGAACACUACAGACUGCAGAGGCUGAGCUUGACAUGCAUCUUCAGAAAUUCAAUAUGACUGGCUCAGAUGAGGAGCUUGCAGCGGCUCAGACCAACCACGAGCCACCUGAUCCUCGCCACGGCAUUGUAAUCGACGGGGACUCCUUGAAACUUGUUCUUGAUGAUAGUCUCAGGCAGAAAUUCCUUUUGCUCUGCAAACAAUGCAAGGCAGUGCUUUGCUGCAGAGUCAGUCCUGCCCAGAAAGCUGCCGUAGUGCGUAUGGUCAAGCACGGUCUCGACUGUCUAACGCUCGCCAUUGGCGAUGGUGCUAAUGAUGUUGCAAUGAUCCAAGAGGCCCACGUCGGUGUCGGUAUUGCAGGUGAAGAGGGCAGACAGGCCGUGAUGUCUUCCGACUAUGCUAUCGGGCAAUUUCGGUUCUUGACUCGGCUGGUCCUUGUGCACGGUCGUUGGUCAUAUAGACGUUUGGCCGAGACGAUUGCCAACUUCUUCUACAAGAACAUCGUUUGGGUCUUUGCUUUGUUCUGGUACCAGAUCUACGCACAAUUCGAUUGUUCGUAUGUGUACGAUUACACGUACAUUAUUAUGUACAACUUGGCGUUUACUUCACUACCUGUGAUCCUUAUGGGAGUACUUGACCAAGACGUCGAUGACAAAGUAUCGCUUGCUGUGCCUCAACUCUAUCGUAGGGGCAUUGAACGUCUAGAAUGGACGCAACCGAAGUUUUGGGCGUAUAUGCUAGACGGACUUUAUCAGUCUGUGAUCUGUUUCUAUAUGGUCUACCUACUGUUUGCACCUGCUACCUUCAACACCGAGAAUGGCCUCGGCUUGGACGACCUCAGGCGCCUGGGCGUUUACAUCGUGUCCAGUGCUGCAGUCUGUGUAAACCUCUACGUUCUCAUGAACACAUAUCGCUGGGACUGGCUCAUGCUCCUGAUUGUCUCAAUCAGCUGUCUGCUCAUUUGGCUUUGGACAGGCGCAUAUACCACGAGCACAUAUGCAUUCCAAUUCUACCACGCUUCACAGGUAUAUGGGAGUCUCAGCUUCUGGGCUGUCUGGCUUCUGAUCAUUAUCAUGGCUUUGUUGCCUCGAUUUCUUAUCAAGUCCAUUCAAAAAAUCUACUUCCCUUACGACAUCGACAUUGUACGGGAGCAGGUUCGCCAAGGGAAAUUUGACUACCUCAAAGAUGUCGAAGGGUAUAUACCACCCCCGCCGGACAAGGUACACUCUCAUUCCUCGAGCAAUGUUACCAAGUCGGCCAACCCUCCUCAGAGUGCCGUGGAUGAAGAUCAGCGACCAAUAUAUCCACCUUCCGUUGCCCCUACCGCCACGACGCACAACGCUCGUAGUCAAAAUGGAAGUGACUCUACCAACUAUAGCUUACCUGCUCAAAGGCAGUCGAUCGACUUCAGUCAGCAACAUCGACCGAAUUCUAUGAUCGUCGACGAGCGGUUAGCGAGAAUUCGAUCAUCCAUGGAUCGACCACGGCCGAGUUACGAUAGGGCAAGAAUGAGCAUGGAUCGCGUCAGACCAAGUUUUGAAGCCAACCGUGACUUCACAUCUGCUGCCAUGCUGACUCGUAUGGAAUCUAGCAAUUCCGGUAAUGUCCCAAUUCGCGGUCUGGGCGGCAAAGUCAGCAGGCUACGACAUGCUCUGAGCACCGCAUCGAAACGAUCCGCAACGUAG